CGCUUCCGGCUCCUCUCCCCGCCCCGUAUCCCUGAGGUGUUGAACCCGGGGUGCAGGUCGCUAGGUUCUUCUGGUUUCACUCGGCUAGUGGAAGGUCUGGUUCAAAGCGUCGGGGGCGUGCUUUGGUCGGAUUUGAGGAUGGGGGGCGGGGAGGGGCCUGCAGUUAGCGGCCCCGCCCCCUUCCCUAGCUAGCGGGCGGGCGAAUCCGCCUGCCUCCUCCUUCGGUGGGCACUGGGGCCGCGUCUCCCAGGCAGCCCAGCAGCAGAGGCCUGAACCUGUAGGUGUCGGCGGCGAGGCCCCGGGGUACAGCCUGGUUCGGCCCCAUGGUGGGUUUCGGGGCCAACCGGCGGGCUGGCCGCCUGCCGUCCUUCGUGCUGGUGGUGCUGCUGGUGGUGAUCGCGGUCCUCGCCUUCAACUACUGGAGCAUCUCCUCCCGCCACGUCCUGCUUCAGGAGGAGGUGGCCGAACUGCAAGGCCAGGUCAAGCGCACCGAAGUGGCCCGUGGGCGCCUGGAGAAGCGCAAUUCAGACCUCCUGCUCUUGGUGGACUCGCAUAAGAAACAGAUCGACCAGAAAGAGGCCGACUACGGCCGUCUUAGCAGCCGGCUGCAAGCCAGGGAGGGCCUGGGAAAGAGGUGCGAGGAUGACAAGAUUAAACUACAGAGCAACAUAUCAUAUCAGAUGGCAGACAUACAUCAUUUAAAGGAGCAACUUGCUGAGCUUCGUCAGGAGUUCCUUCGACAAGAAGACCAACUUCAAGACUAUAGGAAGAACACCACUUACCUUGUGAAGAGGUUAGAAUAUGAGAGUUUUCAGUGUGGACAGCAGAUCAAGGAAUUAAGAGCACAGCAUGAAGAAAAUGUUAAAAAGUUAGCAGACCAGUUUUUGCAGGAAAAAAAGCAAGAAUCCCACAAGUUUGAACCAAAAUAUGGAAAUGAAUUGGGUAUAAACAAUUAUGCAGUACCUAAAAACAUUGCAAAAGUAGCAGAGAAUGCUCCAGAUAAAAAUGAAGAGCCCUCAAGCAAUCAUAUUCCACAUGGGAAAGAACAAAUCAAAGGAGGUGGUGAUGCAGGAAUGCCUGGGAUAGAAGAGAAUGAUCUUGCAAAAGUUGAAGAUCUUCCCACUGCUUUAAAGAAACCCCCUAUUUCUGUUUCUCAGUAUGAAAGUAAUCAAGCAAUUUCCCAUCUUCCAACUGGACAACCUCUCACAGAUUCUCAUGUAAACCACAAUGGAAACCCUGGAACUGCAAAACAGAACCCUUCCAAUCCUCUUCAGCGUUUAAUUCCAGGCCCAAACUUGGAGAGUGUACCCAGAAUUCAAGCAGAUAUACUAAAGCAAGCUACCAAGGAUAGAGUUGGUGAUUUCCAUAAGUUGAAGCAAAGCCGAUUCUUUGAUGAAAAUGAAUCCCCUGUUGAUCCGCAGCAUGGCUCUAAACUGGCGGAUUAUAAUGGGGAUGAUGGUAACGUAGGUGAGUAUGAGGCAGACAAGCAGGCUGAGCUGGCUUACAAUGAGGAAGAAGAUGGUGAUGGUGGAGAGGAAGACGUCCAAGAUGAUGAAGAACGAGAACUUCAAAUGGAUCCUGCAGACUAUGGAAAGCAACGUUUCAAUGAUGUCCUUUAAGUCCUAAAGGAAAACUUCAGAAAACCUAAAGUGCUGUAAAAUAGAAUAAUUUCUACUUUGUUUUUGACUUUUGUUGUAAAGAUCAGUUGUAUCAGUUGUAAAGAUACAUUGAGAUAGUUUAAGAAAAAUUUUAAUGAAGGAAUUACCCAUGUACAUAUGUGAACGUUUUCAUAUUGUAUUAUUAAAGCAGAGACUUCUUUGGUUAUGUUACAGUUGAGCCAAAAACAAAGUUAGCAAAACUGCAAUCCUUGCGUUUAAAGCAAACUAAUGUAUAAUUUACAUUUUACUGAGCCUAAAUAUUUCCACAAAUGGACAUACAAGAAAAUAUGGUUGUACAGUUUAUAUGUUGCACAUAACCAUAGUGAGAACAGUUAUUCAGCUGAAAAACUUUUUAUACAAUAAUAUAUUCUUGUUAGCCCAGCAGGUGUUCUCUUCCAUCUACCCCUUAUCUCAUGCUCUACAUGGAGUUAUAUCUAGAAUAGUAACAUAAAAGAGGGGAACCUGGAAGCCAAAUACUAGGUAGCAUGUGCAAAAUCACUUCCCUAUACUCUCUUUAUUUUACAUGAGUGCUGAUGUGUUUCAGCAGAUAAGCUUUCAGCUGAGGCCUUAUGGAAGUUGAGAUAACCUGCAAAGACAACAAUAUUUAUGGGCUAUAUCUUACUUAGUUUAUGAAAUUGUGAAAUGCAUGAUUGACAGUAUAUUUUCUUUUUAUUUUUCCACCUAAUACCAGUAUUGUACCUAUAACCAAUAUUGGCUAAAUUAUUAUAAUUUCAGAGUUCAAGUUGGUGAAGAUAUUCAUGAUUUAAAUGCCAAUUCUAGAAGCUAAAUCAACUUUGAAAUGAAUCUGCAAUUAAUAUUUCAAACUUCUCUGGUAGUUUGUGAUCUUAUUUGACUAGACUUUUCAGAAGUACUAAAUAAAGAGUUUUAACAGCUUUUUAUUAAUGCACAGAUAAAUAGAAGUACAGUGAGGUCUACAGCCAUUUUAUUAAAAUAGCUUAAAUGUUUGUAAUAGAGAUGAAGAAUCUUUGUAAUUACUUAAUAUGUUACUUAAGAACCCAUAAACCUCAUGUUUGCUAGACUUAAAAAUUAUUUUAAAUGCAUUUUUUUACACUGUGCAGUGGAAUGCAUAAGCUAGCUAAUUCCUGUUUUCUGAUUUAAAGCACUUUUAAAUUUAUCCCUCUCCCUAAAAAGGUUUUGAUCAUAGGAGAAAUUUAAGGUUGUUAACUCUGUUUUUCAAAAGGGCUACUGUUUAUUGCACAUAAAGAUAAAAUGCUUUUUUAUUUCCCCUGUACUCAGGUUCUAGUCAAAAUUUAAACCUACAAAAGUAAAAAAAUAUAUAUAUAUAUAGGUUGCUCACUUAUUGGAGGUGCAAAAAUUCUUAGACUUCAGUUUGAAAUUAUUAGUAGUGAUUUACUGAAAUUGUUAUUUCUACCAUAAUCAAAAAAAAAUCCAUGCCUUUACUAAGUAUAGUCAGGCCUAUAAUGAAUAGGUAUGAUAGUUAACAGAAUUUUUAAAAAUGGAGUUAAAGGGAGUUAAAAAUUGAGAUAGUUUAAGAAAAAAUUUUAAUGAAGGAAUUAUACCUUUUGGUCCUAAGGGCGGGGAGAUGAAUCUAAAACAUACUGCUAGUAAUACUUUAUAUUUAAUGCUAUAAAAUCUUUACAAAUGAAACCCAUGAGAUUUCCUGCCUUAUUAGUUCCUUUGUCAUAAAAGGAAUCAUUUCGUUAUAUGGUAGUUACUACUUGCAAAACAAAAUUUCCUCAAUUAGCAGUCUAUACAUUUUAUAAACUGGGAAAUCUUGGACCAAUUGAUAAUAUUUCUGACUGUAUUAACAUUUUAGUGCUAUAAAAUACUAUGUGAAUCUUAAAAUUCUGGCAUUAUAGACAUGCUGGUUUUGUAAUAUUUUACUUCUGCCUUAAGAUUUAGGUUUUUUCAAAUGUAUUUUUGCCCUGAAUUAAGUGUUAAUUUGGUGGAAAUUCUGCUUUUAAAAUCAUUACUUACUGGGUUCUAAUAAAUUAAAAUUAAAAUUGU